UACUUAGGAAUGGCUUGUAUCUGAUAAGAUAAUUAUUAUUAACCAGGUAUACGUAUGUUAAGCGUUCUUAUCUAAUUAGACUUGAGUCCCUAAAACUCCGAAAAACAGACUUACAAUCUGCCUAUGUUCAGAAUAUUCUCGCUAAGUUAACUUAGUAGAGUGUUUAUGGCCAUAAGUUUAUCCCUCAUUAUUGCUAAUACAUUCUCCUGGCAAGGUUUUAGAAGGUUUCUCUGCUAUAGUGCGCGUAUGGUAGAAGAAAUAUUUAAAACCUAGUCAAGUGUACACACACCUCCUCAGAUAAAAAGUGAUUAGUUACCCUAAUUUUUAUUGUUGUAUUUAUGAAGAUAAUAGAUUUUAUGGUUGUUACGCAAUAGGCUGGAUUAUCUUUCAAGUCAAAGUACUCUUACUUCUAACAGUAAGAGUUUGUUGCAGGGAGUCUAGCCAAUCUGGUAAUACUGGUCAAAGAGUGGAAAAUCGAGCAGUGUUCUCCUUAAAUCCGGGUAUCAAAUAGUUUCAAUUUAUGGCUAAUCAAUGAUAUGGAAACUGCCAACUGUAAUUUACAAGGUUCGAAUUGGAAGAUGUAUGUUCUACAAAAAAAAGGAGUAAAAACAUUGUGGAAUGACUGUCCACGCAUUCGCCAGAAUAAUUGUCGACUUCAAAUACAAAAUGGUUAAAGAUAGUCUUUGUAUUCCGGAAGGAGAUUAAUCAUCGCAUUAUUAUUUGAACCGUAACCAAAUCUGGAAUGUUAUAUCAGAUGGCUUGGCUCCUUGGUUACUAAUGCUGGCGUGUAGUGUAAAUGUAUAUGUUUUGUAUUGGCACAGUGCUGAAGCACUAUGUCAUAUUGAAAAGUAAAGAUCAGACAUUAUAGUGGCUCAGCAUUAUUCAUGUAUGAGCCAAACAUGUUCAGAUACUUGAAGUGGGAGGAGAGGGUUCUAGGUUGUGAUUCGCUAAGUCUCGAACUUAGCUUUGUUAUCUCUAUUUCGGAUAUCCAUGUUUCUCAGAAAUUGUUUUUUCCUUUUUUUAAUUUCCAAUCGGUUAUUUUAUGCGACGACAUUGUUCGAGAAGAGGAAUAAUUUCUUAGGAUACAUGAGGGUUUUCUUACACGAAUUAUGAUUUCAUUUUAUUUGCAUCAUCACUGGUAGUAAUUGACUUAUAAUAAACAGGUGAAUAAAAUUUUCUUUAGAAUUAUGGUUGCUCAUAGAUAGUAGCUAGCUCGAUUUCAUUAAUGAAAAUUUUGUACUUUCGAGUCAGAACAUUCCAAAAUUAUUCGCCUCGUCGCUUACCAUCUAAUCACUGUGGUUAUUGACAUCAAGUCAGUUAUAUCGGUCUUCUAGCUAUUCUGUUAUAAGACUGUCGUACAACUUGUUUUUUACCAUUGACCUGCGUACGCUUUUUGAUCAUUAAGACUGAUACUGAAUAUCAUAUUCAAGCAGUUGUGUAAUAAGUAAUAGAUCAAUCAGACCGGUAUGCUGAUUUACGUCCAAGAUUGGAUAAUGCUUAUGAUAUUUUAAUCAAUCAUCUGUACGCAACGUCACAGGUUACAUGCGACAAAUGACUCACUAGCGACUGCCAUUAAGCAUCGUGUAUUGCAUCGUGUGUCAAAAGAAAUAGUUGUAUCGCUCAAUAGUAAGAAAUUGGUCUCCCCAGAGCCAAUAGUCACAAGGAUUCGUGUCUGGGAAUCGAGGCUUGGCCUGCUCGCAGACUCACUAGUGCCCUGAACACAUUCCAUUUGCUUCUCCUUGGCCAAUGCUCGGGGUGUGAUGCAGGCUUCCAGUAGCGGUGAGGUUACACUAGACAAACGUUACAGUCCCAGCUUCAGAGAUCAAGACACCCGCCAAGGAAAAAGUUCAACAAAACGCAAACGUGAUGAUGUUUUGAGGAUGAAAAUUCAUCGCAACAGCUGCGCAGUGGAUGUGCUGAAACCGGAAACCCAUCUGGAAAGUGCGCCAAACAAACAAUACUUUUUAAUGCUGGAGAACAUAACGUCCCAGUACACCCACCCAUGCAUUUUAGAUUUAAAAAUGGGGACCAGACAGCAUGGUGACGAUGCUUCAGCUGAAAAACGAAGUAAGCAAAUUGCUAAGUGCGCUGCCAGUACUUCUGCUGCAUUAGGAGUCCGCCUUUGUGGAAUGCAGGUAUAUCAGGCAGAUUCUGAUCACUAUAUAAAAAGAGACAAAUACUGGGGCCGUGAGCUUAACGAAGAAGGUUUUAAAGCAGCUCUCUACCGUUUUUUCCAUAAUGGUUUUGGUCAACGAACGUUGGUCAUCCAAAGAGUUAUCACCCGAUUGGAACUCCUGCGUCGUGCAAUCGAAAGACAAAGUAGCUUCAGAUUUUAUUCUUGUUCGCUAUUGGUUGUCUACGAGGGAUACCAAAUCGAUGACUUUUCGACGCUAAGACACACCCCCUCUCUUCGAGUACAAGAAGAAUCCACCGAUUUGAGCUUCAUGGAGAACAUGGCUCAUGCUUCGGACACUUGUUACGACGCAGACACAAGUAACAAUUCAAACGACUACAAUCUCAGCGCUCACGAAGAGGUAAGUCAAGCGACUUUGCACAGGGGAUUUGGUGAGGCAGCUGCAAGAGGGGCAAAAAACACCAGCGGUUUUUAUCCAAUCAACGAAGAAACUGUGUUUAUGGAUCCUCCGUCAAAUUUGGUGAGCACCGUCGUUCAGAGUUCACAAUUUGACGACUGGAUGUUGUACAGCAGCAGUAGCGGGGAUGAGUUUUGCUGCGGACAACACACUGCCGACAGUUCUGACGAUACCAGCUCAGACCUUGACAUCGGUACUGGAUGUGUUUUAAAACGCAACCGACAACGGCAACAUCUUAGAUUAUACGAAAACACUGAAGAUGUUGACCCAGAAGUUGAGUGUUCAAGUGUUCCUAAAAGAUCACGAGUAAAGAACGAGCAGAAAAAACAGGCAGAGACCGAAGAUUCGAUCGUCGAUGUACGAAUGAUCGAUUUCGCUCAUACGUCGUUUAGCCACAGUGGAAGUUCGGGUGGAAGUUCAAACUCUAAUAACACGAUCCACCAGGGUCCAGAUUGUGGAUUUUUAACCGGCCUCGAUAGCCUGAAGCGGUUAUUAUUGGAAAUAUUACAAGAAGGUUGAAAUUUGUGUAACGUUAGAUAAGCAGACAUUUUAAUAGCAACAAUAGUUGAACCAAAAUGACAAAUAACUAGACACUUAUGUGGUGAAAAUGGUUGAUGCAUUAUAUUGCAAUUCAUAUACAUGCAUUAUAAAUCAAAAAACUGAGCAUAAUCGGCGUUGUGUUCGGAUGAAGGAGGGGGGGGAAGAGAAAUAAACUUGCAGUGAAUGUACAAAUUGAGUUCACCUUGAAUUUCUCUGACAACCGUGUGUAGAAUUUAAGAUAUACAUGAACUAGACCGGUCGAUAUAACAAAUAUUAUGUAUAUAUUCAUUCUAAUAUAGAUGUAAUUUUUAAAUUUCGAUCAAAUAACAAAACUUAAGACAUUCGUUAAGAGAUAGUGAUUUAUCGGUAUUGGUAAGACAAAUAUAGUAUUCUGUCCGUACGGACAUAUUAUGCAAAUUAACGCAGUGCUUUGUUCCGGAAGAUGGUGGCCACUAGAUGAUAUUAUUUCAUUUUUUGUUUCGUAAUAUUAAUUGAUAUUUAGAUGAAUUUAAUUGACGAUGAUUGUGUAAAUAAUGUAAAAAUAAUAUUGCACCGAAGAAAGUAUAUGUCUAGUUGCACCACAAAUAUAUCCACUAUCUUGGUCGAUGUAUUAGAAUCAAAUAAAGCUGCGUCUAAUUUUU